UCGCGUGCGACGGUCCCCGGGAGACGCCUUCGCCGAUUGGCUGUGACGAGGGCACGUGGCCACGCCCGAUGACCAAUAAGAGGGGCGGAUAGGGGGCUGCGUGCAGCGCAUCCCACCCGGAGCCACGGCCACCGACUGCCUCGGGCGUCCAGUCACUUAUUGUUCACUCAUUCACUCCGUGUUCACUCAUUCACUCCGUGUUCACUCUCUCACUCAUUGUUCACUCUCUCACUGGUGCAUUCAUUCACUCCGUGUUCACUCAUUCACUCCGUGUUCACUCAUUCACUCAUUGUUCACUCUCUCACGGGUGCAUUUAUUCACUCAUUCACUGGUUCAUUCAUUCACUCCUUGAUCACUCUCUCACUGGUGCAUUCAUUCCCUGUUCACUCUCUCACUGGUGCAUUCAUUCACUCCGUGUUGUUCACUCUCUCACUAGUUCAUUCAUUCACUCCUUGAUCACUCUCUCCCUGGUGCAUUCAUUCACUCUGUUGCGAUGUCAUCUGUGCCCUUUUCGCUGUAUAAUGAAUGCACUCGUGUAUUGACUGUUCCGGUGAUUCACUCCAUAUUUAGUGCUUAAUUCACUCCACGUUCAUUCUUGGCUGUGUGAUGCACCGUCAUGUUUGGUGACGAGAUCGAUUAGUUCCGUAUUUAGCGCGUUAUGUAAUCCACUCCAUAUUUACUGCCAACGAUUCAAUCGCAUAAUUACCGUCUCCUAACUCCACAUUUGGUCAAUUUUUCAUUCACUUGUAAGCGACCUGAGAUCGACAGAGCGCGGCUCGGGAGAGGAGGCGCCAUGGGGUGUUUUGAGUGCUGCAUCAAAUGCCUGGGAGGGGUUCCGUACGCCUCGCUGCUGGCAACGAUCCUCUGCUUCACGGGAGUGACCCUGGCGUGCACGUGUGGACACGAGGCCCUCACUGGCACCGUGACCGUCCUGCAAACCUUCUACUCCACCCUUGACGAAGACGCGCUGAGCCACAUGCAAAAUGUUGUUAGCAGGGCCCAGUACCUAAGCUAUGGGCUAGCUUCCACCUGUGCGUUCUGCUCACUGAUGCUACUUACUCAAAGCAUCUACACAACGGGGUCCGUCACAGACCUGUAUGGCACAUUCAGCAUGACAACCUUCGGGCGCUGCAUACAUGCUAUGUGUGUAGGGGUGGCCUAUUUGCUCAUGCUGGUGUGGAUUGUUCUAACUGGAUUGCUUGCAAUUCCGGUCUGGGUGUUCCGGGCCAUAUCAAUUGCCUGUGCCGAUUCAGCCCUUGGGUUUCCGGUGUGUGUCGACAUCCGUCAAUAUGGGAUCCUACCCUGGUCUAUGGGUGACACAAUCCUGUGUGAAACUGCAUUGGAAGACAUGUGCAGUUCUGCAGAGUUUGAUGUGACGUACCAUCUGUUUGUGGUCUCUAUGGCUGGGGCGCUGCUGGCUACAAUUGCCAUGAUUCACUACCUAAUGGUAUUGGCAGCGAACUGGGCUUACGUGCAGGAGGUGCGCAGUCGUUUGUGCUUGCUGCAAAGAAAAGCCGACCACGACCUCCCUUGAAGUUUAAAUUAGAUGUGUGUACACAAGCAUGCAUACUCUACAUACGUACACACAACUAUUACAUUUUGUUACCAAGUGAUACAUUCCUAUUUCAUACAUUUUCAUUAAAUUAUAACAUUGUGAUUGUCUCUUUGCACUUAAAAAAGUAAUUAUUCUUGUAGAAAAUUAUGCACUUAAAAAAGUCAUUAUUCUUGUAGAAUUUGUUUUAAGUUUUUUUCAUGAAAGAUGUUAAACAUAAAUGUACAGUAUAAAGAUUACCCUAUGAAAUAACACCCCGAUAAACUAUGUUGUCUGCUGCACACACGCUGCACAGCUGUCUGAUGUAAUAUCGACUUUAAAGUAUUCAGCUAAAUUCACCAUCGGCAUUUCUGGGUUUGCACACCUCUCUACGUGCUAAAUACAUUUUGUAAAAACAUUUUUGUUUGCGAAAUAUGUAUACUGUGUACAUUAAAACCUAAUUAAGAUAGAUGCUUAUUAGAGGAAAGAAAUACAUUACAUUUACAAAAGUAUGUAUUGUACAACUUUAAAGUGACAAAUCGGUUAAUACAGUUGAAUGUAUUUCUUAUCAAACUAAAUGUGAAUCACCCUUUAAAGUGCAUGUUGUACCAGGAGGGCCUACAUGCAAAUUGUCACGAUUGCUCAUGUGAAUACAAUGUACAAUAGCUGCGCUAUGACACUGCCAAAACAAAGGUGGAGGCAUUAAGCUAUUUUCUAAUAUUAAUCCAACAUUUUUGUUCCGUAAGUGUGGCAUUUGUUUUCAAAGAGUACGACAAAUGUAAAAACUAUAUCCAGUAAAUAGGUGGGGAGGUCUUCAUCCAAUAGUGGCUAGAUCGUGCCUGAUAAUAAUGAAGAUAAUUUGGUGAUGCAGGAAGACCAGUCAAAGUAUUGGAUUGUCUAAACUGCGAUAUUUUGCUCUGAGUUCUUAAUGAGGUUGUUACCAUUUAUUAAAGUAUACUGUACCAUUGCUGAGAGCAAAAGUACAGUCAGUAAUUUAUUUCAGGAUAAAAAAAUUGAAUAUGCCAAUAUUUUUUAUAUAAUUUAGUUUAAGCCUCAUAGCUUCUCAUUUAUAGAUGUUUUAAUCAUCUGAAAAUGAGUUCCAUUUAAAAAGCAUAUAGAUACCAGGAGUGGUUUACAGUAUGAACUGCGAUAAACAUUUUCUUUGGGCAACCGUGUCAGGAGUGAGGCAGCAAUAUUCUUCAGUAAAUACUGCACUCGAUAGCAUUUCUGCGCUUUUACGGCAAAUGUGCAGACCUGAAGGAAAAUUACUUAGAUGAUUAAUUAAAUGUGGGGAUAUUCACAAAAAUUUGCAUUUAAGUUGCACUGAAUAUUUUUUCAACUAAAUACAACUUUUGUUAUAUUUGCAUUGGAAAUUUCAAGAGGAAAGACUCAUUGAGUUUUCAUAGUUUCAUUCGGGUCCUGGAUUGGGCAGUUUUGUAAAGUCUCUUAAUUAAUGUUUGGCAUGUGGAAGGAAACCGAAACACCAAGAUAAUUCAUGAGUAAGCAAUUCAGCUCCAUACAUAUUAAAACCACUUGCUGCACUGCCAUCUGAUCGACUCAAAGCCCAGUGGGUUUGGGACGUUUCACACAUUUGUGUAAACCACCAAUACUCUUCUCAAAAUGUCUGGGUUACAUGUGUGCUCCACCGCUGUAUGUUAUAUUGUACAGUUAUUGUCCUGAACAUACACUCAAUGAUUGUAGAAGCACAUUUUGACAUUCAGGGAUUGCAUGUAUUUUGUUUACACAAGUCAAAAAACUACACCCAAGCAACUUGACAAAAAAGUACAAGUAAUAAUGCUAUAUACACAAACCCGACAUGAGCUCUGUAUUGACCCAAGGUAUACGAUAGGGGAAUUUUAUAUUUUGCUCUGGUGCACUCGUGGGUCAGCCUUGCGUUGAGAAACUGCUUCCAUUUGCCACCGCAAUCUAUCCACCAUUGUUUUGUACAGUGAUUAAUAUUAGUGUGCUACAAGCCUGCAUAAUCGUCGGUCUGCACCUCAACAUUCGUAAGUGUGCAUGU